AUAGCCUGAGAGUAAAAAAGAGAGAAAACUGUAAGACUUGUCCACUUUCUCUCAGUGAUUUGCACAGCUCGUCUGUGACCAUGGCACAGUCUCGGCUUCUGCUGUUAGUGAUCUGCUUUAGUGUCCUCCAGUUCGGAUAUGGCCAUCCCUCUCGCUCCAAAAAAGCAGUUCCAGCUCGACAGAGAGAUACAGCGACAGAGGAUGAGGACACGAGGGCACAGAUUGACAAGCUGUGGCAGGAAGUCAAUUCCCUGAAAGAGAUGCAGGCGCUGCAAACAGUUUGCCUGCGUGGCAUCAAAGCCCACAGGAAGUGUUACCUGCUUUCUGAGCAGGCCAAGCACUACCAUGAGGCCAACGAGGACUGCAUCGCACAGGGAGGGACCCUGGCCAUACCUCGAGACAUCAACCAGAACGAUGAACUCACAGACUAUGUCAAACGCAGCUCACCCGCAUCCAAAGAUUUCUGGAUCGGCAUAACAGACAUAGUGAAGGAAGGCCAGUAUGUGGACGUGAACAGCCUGCCUGUCACUUUCUUCCACUGGGAUCGUUCCAAGAGAGAGCCGACCGGAGGGAAGAGAGAGAGCUGCGUCGCGCUCUCGCUGGCAGCACAGGGAAAAUGGCACGACGAGGUCUGUCGCAGUCAGAAGAAAUACAUCUGUGAAUAUCUGAUCCCAUGAUGUGUAUGGCGCAUGACAUCAAGAUGCAUGUUAAAUGGCAGCCUGUCAUUAAGCUGCUCAUUAAAAAUGAAACACUUA